UUCGCUCUUGUCUACGUGCUGUUUAGCGCAACAGUGGUUAUACUGGGAACACAGGAGACGUUCACGUUUAAUUAACCUGCCUGUUAUAUUAAUAAUAUGAAACGGAGGUGAACGAAUCGGACACGGAUAUUGCUGUCAGCUCUAAUCUGUGGACGCUCUCGGACAUGAGACCAAUAUACAGCUUCAUUUCAUAAACAUCCUGGCCUCAUUCUCUUCACAUUUUCCCUCACAAUGAGACUGUACGCAUUUCUUCUGCAGAAUCAUCUACCGAAGAUAGAAUAUUAUUCGCGGUUUUCGCCAUCGCCGCUGUCAAUUAAACAGUUUCUGGAAUUCGGUCGGGACAAUGCAUGUGAAAAGACGUCUUACAUGUUCCUGCGGAAGGAGCUGCCGGUGCGUCUUGCUAACACCAUGAGAGAGGUCAAUCUGCUGCCGGACAGACUCCUCAGUCAACCUUCAGUCAAACUAGUACAGAAAUGGUACUUGCAAAGCUUUUUAGAGCUUCUGGAAUUUGAGAACAGGAAGCCAGAAGACGGACACGCUCUGAAUGACUUCUUGGAGACUCUUAUUGAAAUCAGGAACAGACACAAUGAUGUGGUCCCGACUAUGGCCCAGGGUGUAAUAGAAUACAAGGAGAAGUUUGGAUUCGAUCCUUUCGUCAGCUCUAACAUCCAGUACUUUCUGGACCGUUUCUACACCAACCGAAUCUCCUUCCGCAUGCUUAUCAACCAGCACACUCUCCUCUUUGGCAAUGACAUCAACCCAGCACAUCCCAAACACAUCGGCAGUAUUGAUCCCAGCUGCAAUGUUGCUGAAGUGGUGACUGAUGCCUACGAAACCGCUAAGAUGGUGUGUGAGCAAUAUUACCAAGCCGCCCCUGAGCUGAAGAUAGAGGAAUUCAAUGCAGCCAAAGCUCCUCAGAAACCCAUCCAGGCAGUUUAUGUCCCCUCUCACCUGUUCCACAUGCUGUUUGAGUUGUUUAAGAAUGCAAUGCGAGCCACCAACGAUCUUCACGAGGGCAGCACGGAGGGUCUUCCUCUUAUAAAAGCAAAAGUGACCCUGGGGAUUGAGGAUCUGUCUGUGAAGAUCAGUGACAGGGGAGGGGGCGUGGCUUUACGGAAGAUCGACAGGCUGUUUAACUACACCUACUCGACUGCACCAACACCCAGUCUGGACUCCAAACGAGUGCCGCUGGCUGGGUUUGGCCAUGGUUUGCCGAUCUCUAGACUCUACGCCCGAUACUUUCAAGGAGACCUGAAACUGUACUCUAUGGAAGGUGUGGGGACUGAUGCCGUCAUCUACCUGAAGGCCCUCUCCAGUGAAUCAUUUGAGCGUCUGCCCGUCUUCAACAAAUCUGCAUGGCGGCACUACCAAGGAGGCCCAGGAGCAGACGACUGGAGCAACCCGAGCAAAGAGCCCAGAGACACCUCCAUAUACAAGGCCAAAAGAUAAUCGCACUCACCCCAUCCAAACACCCAUAACACUCCCUCUGUCUUUAGUCCAGCCCAUCAAUGCUAAGUGUUCGAUACUUGUUAGCAUUUCCAGAGCAGAAGUGUCUUUAUGUCUCUGCUCCAUCCUACUUUGUGCAGCUACAGACAUAAGAAACAAAACCUCUUUUUUAGCGUCUUCCAAGGCGGUUGGAGGAAAGGGUGAAAAUUUGUGGCCAGGGUUGAUGGAUAGUUUCCUUCUUUCUUUCUUUUUAAAUCGUGCCACACAGUAACCCCAGUAAAACAGCCAGAGAAGGAAAAAACAAAGAGCACUGCCAUUCAGUAACACACAGGCAAUAGAGAGCUGGUUGGUCAGCAGUUUCUGGCAGCGGUGUAAUGGAGAACCACUCUGAAAAGCCUCAGGAGAAAUUAACUUGAUUUCAGUAGACUCGAAAUUUCACGAAACUAGUUCGAUAUUCAGGUUAUUUUCCGUGUAGCAUCAAAAGAAAAAUAUGAAUGUAUUUUGCAUGAAGAAAAAAGCUUUGAAGAGUUAUUACAUAAUAUAUAAAAAAAUAUAUAUCAAUAGGGUUGUCACGUUACUGGAAUUUGAUACCAAUCGGUACCAGAAUUAAAAAAACGUUCAUUUACUGCUACCAUUCAAGCGCAUUCUUAAACACUGCUGAUUUGCCAUUGUGUUCAAGUGCUCAACAGAAAUGACUGUGAUUGACCAUGAAGGUCAUCCGUUCACCCAACUCACCGCUGUUUACCGAGUGUAAACACAUAUACAGGGACACAAAGCCCUGUCGAUUGGCUAGUUUGUCUAUAAGCUGACAUACAAGCGAUCUGCUGAUGAAUCGCGGCUUUAAAAUGCUCCAGUGUCCCUGUAUCUGUGGUUACACGCAGUAAACAGCGGGGAGUUCGGUGAACUGAUGACCUUCACGGCCAAUCGCAGUCAUUUCAUGUGAACACAAUGGCAAAUCAGCGCUGUUUAAGAAGGUAAAGUCUAGAUCGGAUACGUAGCCGGCUGGAAGUGCGAUAUGCACAUUAAUAUAGCAGCAUUUUUUAUGACACUGUAUAACAAUAAUUAAUAUUUUACAUUACUGUGAUGGUCGGGUUUAGGGUUAGGGUGGGGGUAGGCGUUAAAAAAUACAAUUUAUUGGGUAAUUUAUUAGAUAGCAUAAAUAAUACUUGGUAUAACUACUGUUUUAACAGUGCUGUGGUGGUUGGGUGGGUUUAGGGUUGGGCUGGGGGUAGACGUAAUACAAUACAAUAAAUGGGAAAUUUAAUAAAUUAUAUAAAUAAUUCUCGUUAACUUCUGGCCGCAACCAUAUCUGAUCUAACAACAACCGUUUAAGAACGUGUUCCACUGCACUUAAAUGUUAG